CACCGCUCUCCUCGGGGGCCCCGUGUGUGCGUGUGUGUAUGUGUAUGUGUGAGGAAGAGGGGGGGAAAGAAAAGAGAGAGAAACGGAGAAAGAAAGACAUCGGGGCUGCAGUUUGGUUUAGAUGUGAGUAGAGAAGGAGAAGCGCGAUUCAGCCCUGGAUUGAUCCUCCUCAUGUAGCCUCAUUUCUGCUCGCUUCGCACGGAUAUUUCGCUGGGAUUGUAAAGAAAGGAGAGAAGUGCUCUGACCUCUCGAGAAGACGACAAGGAUCCUGACUUCCAGUGCAUUUUCUUGGGAUUAAAUCGUACCUCAUGCUCUGCGUGCCGGUGUAGAAGGUGGAUUUGAGCUUGUUAAAAGUCCCAAGCUGGUUCAGGCUGCGAGUUGUCGUCUCGGGUUGGAGGCUGCUGGCUCUGGAUUAUGUUACUCAGUAUUUUAUUUUACGCCAGUAUAUAUUCUACUCUUUUUGCCGGUUUGUAAACUAUAUAAACAACGCCGUAGAAUCCUGGGCAAAAGUCAGUUCAAAGGUUGUUUAUCGGCUAAAUUGAUGCAUUUUGGUCGGAAUGCUGCAGUGCAUUUAUUGCUCGUUGUAGUUGUAGAAGCAACUCUAAAGCCCUCAGUCUAAUGUUGCGGUUUUGCCACCAAUGCUCGUCAGUUGGCUGUGCAUGCAUUGCACGGCAUUUCACAGACAUUAAUGUUUUGCAACGACCGUAGAAGCAUCUGUAAUAUUCGGAUAUCCGUACAAAAUAAAACCCUCUAAUAGAUUUUCAAGUUGUCGUAUGUUCAGGACGAAACGCUCAGGUCUUGUGCGGCGACUCUGGAGAAGCCGUUUGAUCCCAGAUACCGAGGGGGAAGAUGGAAAUGGCAAAACUAGUGAGGGCUGUAAGGACGAUCUGUUCGGAAACAACCCAGAGAAAAUUCCCAAAACAGAGUUCAGACCGAUGACCCCUAGCGGGUCUGUGGUAGGGGACACAGGGGGUGUGUGCAGCCGGAGCCCCGCGGAGAGCAGCGGCUUGGGGGUCACAUCGGACCGAGAUGGGGGCGCGGGCUGCGUGCAGGAACAGGGGAGCCCCCGCUCCAUUCAGGACGGAGAGUGCAGGACUGUGACAUGCUGUUUAUUCAAAGACCGGGACCACUCCGAGCUCAGGGCUCCAGACACGGCUCAGGGUACCAGGGAUCCGGGGUCGUGUCACUUGGUGCUGAGGGGCCUCGGUCCGCGGGACUGUGGAUCUCCCGAGGCUCCAGAGGCGAUGCCACGGACGGUGUUGGAGCAAGAACUGAAGUCUGCCACAUACUCUCUUUUAAAAAAGCUAAAGGAAAGGGCGCUGGAUACCUUACUGGAGGCGGUGGAGUCCAGAGGAGGGAUGCCCAGCGACUGUGUUAUGAUUUCCCGGACAGAGUUGAGGUUGGGCGGCCAUGUGGCCUCCCCACAGCUGCUUGUGUGUAAAUUGUACCGCUGGUCAGACCUCCAGCACCAUGCCCAGCUCAAACCGCUCUGUGAGUGUAAGAGCUUUGGGGCCCUGGACAGUCCAACAGUAUGCUGCAACCCCUACCAUUACAGCCGGCUCUGUGGGCCAGAGUCACCCCCACCUCCUUAUUCAAGGCUUUCCCCCAAUGAAGAACACAAGCCACUGGAUCUGUCAGACUCCACAUUGUCUUACACUGAAACUGAGGCAGCCAGCUCACCAAACAUCACACCAGGGGAAUUCUCAGAUGCCAGUAUGUCACCUGACGCCCCUAAGCAGAGCCACUGGUGUAACGUGGCAUACUGGGAGCACCGCACACGUGUGGGACGCCUCUACACAGUGUACGAGCACUCUGUCAGCAUCUUCUAUGAUCUACCUCAGGGCACGGGCUUCUGCCUGGGCCAGCUCAACCUGGAACACCGCAGCAGCACCGUUCAGCGCACACGAGGCAAAAUCGGCUACGGCAUCCUCCUCAGCAAAGAGCCGGAUGGCGUUUGGGCGUACAACCGCAGCGAGCACCCUAUUUUUGUGAACUCCCCUACUCUGGAUGUGCCCAACAGCAGAACUUUAGUGGUGCGAAAGGUGAUGCCGGGCUUCUCCAUAAAGGUGUUUGACUAUGAUCGAUCGUGUCUGCUGAGGCACGCCACAGACCCUGACUUCCUAGACGGACCCUAUGACCCCAACAGUGUGCGAAUCAGCUUUGCUAAGGGGUGGGGUCCCUGUUACUCCAGACAGUUCAUCACCUCCUGCCCAUGCUGGCUGGAAAUCCUUCUCAACAACCACAGAUAACACAGACGGACCCCACAAACUAUCCCAAAUAUCAUCUACCUAGAUUUAAUAUAAAGUUUUAUAUAUUAUAUGAAAUAUAUAUUAUACUUGUAAAUACGGAGUCAUUUUUACAAUGUAAUUAUUUAUGUAUGGUGCAAUGUGUGUAUGGACAAGAGGAAAAAAACGGAAAAUGCACUUUGGCUUAUAUAUAUUAUAUAUAUAUAUAAAUAUAUAUAAAGAUAAAGAAUCUUUCAAUACCAACCUGAGAAAUUAUACAGCAAAAUUAGAAUGAGUCUGGAUUUGGUGUAUAGUUUUCAUAUACUAUUAAUAUUCCAGACAAAAAGCUAACACCAUUCACACAUUGAUAAUAAAGUA